AUGACCUUAGCACAUGAGGCCUCGGCUUCAGGAGGGUUGAGGGUUUCGGGCCGUCCGUGUUCUUCUCGGGCUGACGCUCCUCCGGAAUAUUUCUUCCCUCAUCACGGAGUUCUCAGGGCGAGCAGUGAGACAACGAAGCUCAGAGUUGUUUUCAACGGCUCCAACAAGACCAGCUCAGGACAAUCGUUGAACGAGAUUAUGCACACGGGUGAGAAGUUGCAGAAGGAUAUCUCGGAUGUACUUCUCUUUUCUCGGCGGAAACGGCUCAUUUUCAUGACGGACAUAACCAAGAUGUUUCGUCAAAUUCGGGUACAUCCGGAAGAUUGGCCACUCCAACAAAUACUCUGGACCGACUCAAACGGAGAUAUCGCCACCUAUCAACUCACCACGGUCACAUAUGGCACUAGGUCAGCUCCGUUCCUCUCAAUGCGUGUUCUUCAUCAGCUCGUUGAGGAUGAAGGAUCGAACUAUCCUCUCGCUGUGGAACCGCUCAUGAAAGGACGAUAUGUUGACGAUAUCUGCGAGGGUGCUGACUCGGAGGAAGAGCUACUCAGGACCGCUCAUCAGGUGACACAGCUCUGUCGGUCAGGAGGCUUUCCGCUAGCCAAAUGGCACUCAAAUAGCCCAGCUCUACUCACAUCUCUUCAACCUGACAGCACCUCUCAAGAACAACGAUUCAUAGAGGACUCGCUCACCAAGAUUCUAGGGGUUUCUUGGCAUCCUGGAACGGACAACUUCAAGUUCUCCGUCACUCAGCCUGAGACCAGCUCAAUAACGAAGAGAAUCAUUUUAUCGGAAACGGCUCAACUCUUCGAUCCACUGGGUUUCCUAGCGCCAGUGGUCAUACGAGCGAAGAUAUUGCUCCAGGCUCUAUGGAUCGAGAAACUGGGAUGGGACGAACCAGUUUCCCAGACAACUGCUCAACGAUGGAGCCAAUUUAGGGAGGAGCUCACACAGUUAUCAGAGAUCACCAUACCUCGGUGGCUUGGACUGCUCACGGAUUCCGUCGUCGAAGUACACGGUUUUUUCGACGCAUCACAAGUGGCGAUGUCAGCCGUGAUCUAUCUCAAGGUUCUCAACAAGGGAAAAUCAGAACUCACAUUGGUUUGCUCAAAAACGAAGGUCGCACCGCUCAAACGGCUGACAAUCCCACGACUAGAACUCACUGCGGCUCUCCUCCUGGCCAAACUGACUAAGUACGUCAAGGACCAACUCAAUCUCAGGAACGCCACAACCUAUCUCUGGACCGACUCAUCGGUCACGCUCACGUGGAUCAGCUCACACUCCUCAAGAUGGAAGGAGUUCGUGAAAAAUCGGGUGGCACUCAUCCAGGAGCUCACUCAGCAGGCUCAUUGGAGAUUGGUACCGGGCAAGGAGAAUCCUGCAGACUGUGCAUCUCGAGGUCUAUCAGCGCACCAACUGGUAUCUCAUAAGCUCUGGUGGAAAGGGCCACCAUGGCUUCAUCAAGACUGCUCAUCAUGGCCAACUCACGCUCUGGAAAAAGACCUCAGCGCAGACCUCGAGGAAAAGCCAGGAGUUCUCCUACAUGUAAAAGCUCAUCCAAUCGCGCUCUGGAAUCUCGUCGACAGAUUCUCAUCGUUCAACCGACUGCUCAGGGUCACAGCAAUCUGUCGACGAUUCAUAGCUCGGCUCAGGAAAACCCCCAACUCUUCUCUUCGAUACCCGCUCACUCUUGGUGAUCUUGAAGAGGCUCGCAUCCUCUGGAUCAAACUCACGCAGGCAGCUCACUUCAAGGAUCAACUCAGAGCGAUCUCACGAGGGGAAAGGUUCAGCAAAUCCCACCCCCUCACCAAGCUCACACCCUUCAUCGAUCGCUAA